AUGGUUGACGAAGUAACAAAAAAAACUUUAUCAAACAUUCCAUUAUUAAAAACAAAAGCUAGUCCACGUGAUGGUGAACAAUGGCGACAAAGACUUAAAGAAGAACUUCAAUCAUUAAUACAAUAUGUUAAAAAUAAUAAGGAUGCUGAUAAUGAUUGGUUUCGUCUUGAAUCAAAUCAAGAAGGAACUCGUUGGUGGGGAAAAGCAUGGACAAUACAAGAUAUGUUACGUUAUGAAUUUGAUAUUGAAUUUGAUAUACCAGUUACAUAUCCAAUGACAGCUCCUGAAAUUGCAAUACCAGAUCUUGAUGGAAAAACAGCAAAAAUGUAUCGAGGAGGAAAAAUUUGUAUGACUGAUCAUUUUCAACCAUUAUGGGCUCGAAAUGUACCACGUUUUGGUAUUGCACAUGCAUUAGCUCUUGGUCUUGGUCCUUGGUUGGCUGUUGAAAUACCUGAUUUAAUUGCUCGUGGUGUUGUCGUACAUAAAGAAAAAGCAACAGCUAGUGGUGAUAGUGUAUCAUCAACGAAAUAA